AUGUCUGAACCGAUCCGCAAUAAGAAGAUGGAUGCCAUUACCGCUCCCACCCCCCAAAACACGCCUGCAAAUGCCGCCCCGAUAUCGUCGCGCGCCCAGCAGCCCGGUGUUGGCACCAUCAAAGAAGAGGACAUGGAGCGCACUGCCGCUGGACUUUUUGCUGCCAACCCCGCCCUCGUCGCCAUGAUGCAGAACAAGCUCGGCUCGCUCGUCGGCCGCUCCAGCGGCUACAUUGAGUCGCUUCCCGCCUCGGUUCGCCGCCGAGUGGCCGGCCUCAAGGGCGUCCAGAAGGAGCACUCGAAGCUCGAGGCUGAGUUCCAGGAAGAGGUGCUCCAGCUCGAGAAGAAGUACUUUGCCAAGUUCACACCCCUGUACCAGACGCGCCAGAAGAUUGUCAACGGCGCCGAGGAGCCCUCAGAAGAGCACGUCAAGAUUGGCGAGCAGCAGCAAGAGGACGAUGAGGAUGAGGACCAGCCCGAGGCUGAGCUCAACAAGGACGAGGGCAAGGACGUCAAGGGUAUUCCCGAGUUCUGGCUGAGCGCCAUGAAGAACCAGAUCUCACUCGCCGAGAUGAUCACAGACCGCGAUGAGGCUGCCCUCAAGCACCUCACAGACAUUCGCAUGGAGUACCUUGACCGCCCUGGUUUCCGCCUCAUCUUUGAGUUUGAGGACAACGACUUCUUCACCAACAAGACCAUCACCAAAACCUACUACUACCAGGAGGAGAACGGCUACGGUGGUGACUUCAUCUACGACCACGCCGAGGGCGACAAGAUUGAGUGGAAGGCUGGCAAGGACUUGACUGUCCGUGUCGAGAGCAAGAAGCAGAGGAACAAGAACACCAAGCAGACGCGCGUCGUUAAGAAGACUGUGCCUACAGAGUCGUUCUUCAACUUCUUCGACCCACCCAAGCCCCCACAGGACGAUGAUGACGCCACCUCCGACAUCGAGGAGCGUCUCGAGCUCGACUACCAGCUUGGUGAGGACAUCAAGGAGAAGCUUAUUCCCCGCGCUAUUGACUGGUUCACCGGCGAGGCUCUUCAGUACGAGAACAUUGAAGACUUUGACGAGGGCGAGUUUGAAGACGAGGACGACGAGGAUGAGGAUGAGCUCAGCGAUGACCGCGAGGAGGAAGAGGAGUCUGACGACGAGGUAGGCAUUGACAGUGAUUCGAUAUAUCAAAACACCACUAACACACACUUGCAGAACGACGGCACAAAACCCAAGCAGGAGGCUGCCGAGUGCAAGCAGAGCUAA